ACUCAAAAGAACGAACCGAACAAAACAUAGCAAACAGUAACUAUUCUGCUAUCUAGCGCUGUUCUCAGUGGCUUGGGGCAUUUCGUGUGUGUUUCUUGCACAAAAUAAGAAUCAAGCCAAAACUUUAAUUUCAAAACAUCUUGAGUAAUAUGUGCAAAAUUCAAGAUUUCCCGGGCUGCCGCGCAUGUGUCAGCGUCCUCGUCAUAGCAGAAGUAACUACACAGGGCUGUCUGUGGGUUCACAAACCGGAACAGUUAUUUGAAUGGCACAUUGUCUCGCGUUCAUGUCACCCUAGGGCCCUGAGACGACUCGUGUAUCCAAAUGAUGGUUACAUAGUGUUUAAUGCUACCAGCUUUUCGUUUUCGAGGACUAUGUAAACAGUGAGCUGGCCGUUGGCGGAUCCGGGUUUUACAGGAUGGCGUGCCCGACGCAAUUCAUCUGCAAGGCGCUGCGCUCUGUGGGCCUGGUGCUUUUCUACUAUGUGUUUUCCAUCGGCAUAACAUUCUACAACAAGUGGCUCAUGAAGGACUUCCACUUUCCUCUGUUCAUGACGCUGGUUCAUCUCGUAAUAAUUUUCUGUUUCUCCACACUGACACGCUUUGCCAUGCAGUGCUGGAUGGGAAAGCCUCGAGUGACUCUUCCCUGGAAGGUUUACCUUUCUAAAGUGGCCCCAACAGCCCUGGCGACAGCAUUGGAUAUUGGACUGUCCAACUGGAGCUUCCUUUUCAUCACUAUUAGUUUGUACACCAUGACCAAGUCUUCAGCCGUUCUCUUCAUUCUCUUUUUCUCUCUGGUCUUCAAGCUGGAGGAGCCGAACCCAUUCCUGAUCCUCGUGGUGUUGCUGAUAACUAGUGGUCUGUUCAUGUUCACUCUCAAGUCCACUCAGUUUAAUCUGGAGGGUUUCAUUAUGGUCCUGUUGGCCUCUUUUAUUGGAGGGAUCCGCUGGACUCUCACUCAAGUGCUCAUGCAGAAAGCAGAGCUUGGCCUUCAGAACCCCAUAGACACUAUGUAUCAUCUGCAGCCUCUCAUGUUCCUGGGCCUCUUUCCUCUGUUUCUUCUUAAUGAAGGGCUGAGUGUGAGUACCACAGAGAAGCUCUUCAGGGUCAGUGAGCUCUCCCACCUGCUCUACUCUCUGCUGACUCUGUCUGUGGGUGGCAUGCUGGCAUUUGGGCUGGGCUUCUCAGAGUUUCUGCUGGUAUCCCGCACGUCCAGUCUUACGCUAUCUAUUGCAGGCAUUUUUAAGGAGGUGUGCACUCUGCUGCUGGCAGUGGAGUUCAUGGGGGAUAAAAUGAGCACAGUCAACUGGUUGGGCUUUGCUGUAUGUCUGUCUGGCAUAUCACUGCAUAUUGGCCUCAAAACAUACUAUAACAAAGGAAAUGGCCCCAUGGUAAGACAACUACCAGUCAGAGACAACCCGGACCUUGAGCUUCCACUUCUACAGACAAAAGAUUACUAUUGUGGAGACACAAAUGAUGAAGAGGAGCAUGAGAUUCUUUAUUAGUUCAAGGAUGACAUGAAUGUCAUAAAUAGGCUUGUGGAAUGUGGAACUCUAAAAGCAGCUGGGUUAGUUUACCCAAACAUUUCACUUCAGUUAUUAUUUGCUCACUCUCAUGCCGUUCCAGUCCAGGAACACAAAAAGGAUGUUUUCCAUAGAAUGAAAGUGGAUGGAGACCAAGGGCUGUCAAGCUCCAAAAAGGUUAAAAAAUUAUAUAAAAUGGUAAUUAAUUUUGUCUUUGAAGAAAAAGUCAUAUGUGUUUUGAUUUUCAGAAUUUCAAUUUAUAGGUGAAAUAUACCUUCAAAACCGCUGCUGGAAUCAAUCUCUCACAGGACCAAUCUCCAAGUGGCCUUACACAUUUGUUUACAUGACAAUAAAGGAUUUAUUUUGCUAAA